AUGGGAGUAAUUCAAUCGAGUGUGAACGAAAUAAGGAAUUCACAUUAUAUCAUAAAUGUGAAAGAGGAGUCUGAAAUUGAACGACUUCAAGUCGAACAUCAUAUGUUACGUGAAACUUGGCAGGGAAAUUUUUCUAGCCCUAUCGCUCGAAAAUUAGAAUCAGGCGCUGAAGUACUAGAUGUUGGAUGCGGACCUGGAACUUGGUUAUUCGAUGUUGCCUCCGACUACCCAGAAUCUAAUUUCACAGGCUACGACACCAUAGAAGCAUAUCCUUCUUUUAAACCUUUCAACGUAGAAUUUUGUCACGGUGAUCUCAAAUUAGAAAUGCCAUUCUAUAAAUCUGGUCGAACUUUCGACUAUGUACACGUGAAUUCUGCAUUUUUUCUGCUGAGUGUCGGGAAAUUUGAUAUUAAUGAACUAGUAAGGGUAGUAAAGCCAGGUGGCUGGUUGGAAAUUUGCGCAAUUGAUCCAUUAAUUUAUGAUACGGGUCCAAUUGCAAAUCAGACACUUUAUAACUUUCUUGAAAAGAUGCGUAAAGCACAGGUUGAUUUAUCUUUUGUCGAAAAUCUCGCCACGAUUCUUGAUAAUACUGGUCAACUUCAGAAUAUUCAGCACGAUUAUCGAUGUGUCUCGUUGAACCGAAACGAAAGUCAAAUUGCAAGAGCUGCGGCUGAAAUUGAAUUCCGUUGGCUGGUUACGUUCUCGGUCGAAUAUUUGAAUACGCCAAAAUCAGAUUUUGAGAAAAAUGUAGAAAUACUAUGUACUGAAGCAGAGAGUUAUAAUUCGUAUGUGAAGCUUCAUCGAUUUUUCUGUCAGAAAAUGCUCGUUUGA